AAUGCAGGCUUUGAUGCACGGAGAAGACAAAACAUUGGAUAAGCAUUGGCUUUCGAAGAAGCCAGCGAAGUGGGAUUUACAAUCUUAAAGCUGAGGUAGGCAGGUGAGUGGGUUUGGCGGGAGAUCUUCUUGUGCACAAAAAAGACGCACCCACCCAUUUUUCCAGCUCGAGUGGGAGCGUUGUCAAUAGAUAGUAUAAGCAAUAAGCAAGCGAGAUCUUGACCAUGGCCGAGUUGGACGUCUCCCGUUUCUUUACUCGCCUAGAGAAGCUGCAUGCACACUUUACAAAGCAUAGACAAACCUCCAUUUGGAACAAUGCACACUGCUUAUUGCUGCACCAUGGUCCUUUGAAUGACGAUGAGCCGUAUUUGAAAUCGGUAGUGCUGCAUCAUUGGCUCUGCGGAUACGAGUUGCCCGAUACCAUUUUCUUAUUGCGACAAGAUGGGCACCUGUUCAUUGUAGCUGCCAAAAAGAAGUGUGACUUUUUGCGUCCCGCCGCCGAUGCCAUUCCCAAAGACAGCGCCAUUAAAGAAAUUCAUCUCUUGCUGCGCAACAAGGAAGACAACAAUGCCGAAAAUUACGACACACUCUGGGAACAAGCGGGCAUUCCAACGGAACCACCCGAAGGAGAAGACGCCAAGAAACACGCCGUUGGAAUUCUUUUAAAGGAGAGAACUGCCAACAAGGAGAGUGGGGGAUUGUUGGGUCCCUGGGAACAAAAACUAGAUGAAGCGGUCGAAAAAAAGACGGUGGAAUUGGUCGAUUCGGCGCCUGGAUUGGCCAUGGUCAUGUCUGCCAAAGAUGAUACCGAACAGGAUCUCAUGAAAAAGUCCAGUGUCCUCUCCAACAAAGUCAUGAAACACGGGUACAUUAAACGAAUGGAAGAAGUGAUUGACGAAGAAACGUCUGUCACGCAUGAACAAUUGGCAGCUCAUGUCGAAGAAAUCCUAGAAGACCCUUCCAAAAUCAACCUCAAAGUGCCGGCCGAUGAUGUACAGUCGUGCUAUUAUCCCAUUGUACAAUCCGGUGGAAAAUACGAUAUUCGAGUCUCGGCGCAAUCCAAUUCCGAUGCGCUGUCUCAUGAUAUCAUCACGGUCUCGUUGGGGGCACGCUACAAAAUGUACUGCAGCAAUGUGGCCAGAACCUUUCUCGUCGAUCCACCCAAAAAAGUAUCGCAAACUUAUGAACUCCUUUUGGAAGUACAGGCGGCAUGUUUGGCCGCCAUGAAACCAGGAAAGCCAUUGAAAUCCGUAUACAAAUCGGCCGUUUCCUAUAUCCAACAAAAGAGCGGAUACGAACAUUUGGUAUCCAAACUGCCCAAGAAUUUGGGAUUUGCCAUGGGGUUGGAUUUUCGUGAAACGGCUCUGCUGCUCACGCCCAAAAAUGCUCUGGCGUUCAAGCAGGGCAUGGUCUUUUGUCUGGCCAUUGGCUUUCACGAUGUGGAACUGCCCGAAGCGGAUCGGGCCAAUACACCCGAAAAGAGUGCGGUCAAAAAACUCUCCAAAUAUUCUCUCCUCGUCUCAGAUAUGGUUGCCAUUGGAAAAACACCCGAAGUUCUCACCAAAAUGGGCAAGGCAUUGACGGACAUUGCAUACAAUAUCAACGAUGACGAUGCAGGAGGCGACGAUGACGAUGACGACGAUGAUGCUCCAUCAGCACCCGAUGGUGAUGCCGAAUUGGCGCGUCAGAUGGCAUCCGAACCUGUCACCACUCGAGGUGGACGAAAAUCGGCUCGUUUGGCUAAGACGGAGGUGGCGCAAAAGGAUUUGCAGGAAGGUGCCGCCGAACGAGAAAGACGACAAAUGAAAUUGAUGGUUCGACGAAAUGAAGAACGCCUGCGAGAAAUUGCGCGGGAAAAAUCCAAGAGCAAGGGAAAAGGAGGAGACCACAAUCAAGCGGAGGAACUUGUCGCCUACAAACGCACCAAGGACUACCCCGAUUCCGUUCAGCCAAACCAAGUCAAGGUGGACAUGGCCAGUCAAUGUCUCAUGCUUCCCAUUGCCGGAAAUCCAGUGCCCUUUCACAUUAGUACAAUCAAGAAUGUGGUGUUGCCAGAUCCGGACAUUACCGACAAUGCGACUCUUCUUCGUUUGAACUUUUACUCGGCGGGUAUGGCCGUGGGUAAAGACGCUCCGGCCAACAUGGCCAAACUGGUUCAGAAGUACGCGCCUUAUGCGUCCUUUAUCCGUGAGAUGACAUUUCGAAGUUUGGAGGGGCACAAUCUUACUCUGGCUUUCCGUCAAAUCUCCGAGUUGCGAAAGCGUGCUCGCACGAAGGAAUUGAAAGCAUUGGAAGAGGCAAAUCUUGUGGAACAGGAAAAGUUGGUGCGAAUCAAGAAUGAGCGCGUGUCUCGUCUUUCCGAUCUGUCCAUGCGACCCGUGUUUGGUGGACGGAAGACUCAGGGAAACCUGGAAGCACACACAAAUGGAUUACGCUUCAUCUCCACUCGUGGUGAAGUUGUAGAUAUUAUGUACCCCAACAUCAAAUAUGCAAUCUUCCAGCCAUGUGAGAGCGAAAUCAUGGUGCUAAUCCACUUCCAUUUGAAGAAUCCCAUCAUGGUGGGGAAGAAGAAACAUCUCGACAUUCAGUAUUUCACAGAAGUGAUCGAUGCCAGUCAGACCGUCGACAAUUCGCGUCGCAGCAUGUAUGACCCUGAUGAGAUGGACGACGAGCAGCGUGAACGGCAACUUCGCAAACGUUUGAAUCAAGCUUUCAAGGAUUUCUGCCGUAAGGUCGACGCUGUAGCCAAGCGACAUGGGUAUGAAGUCGAAUUUGACAUACCCUACAGAGAUCUCGGUUUCACAGGCAACCCGCACAGAGAAAUGGUGCCCAUCAUGCCUACUCUGAACUGCCUUGUGAACUUGACCGAGACACCGUUCUUUGUUGUCGAUCUCGAAGACGUCGACCAUGUCCAUCUGGAGCGUGUCACCUACAUGAGUAAGGCCUUCGAUAUAGUCCUCGUCAACAAGGACUUCAACAAGCAACCAUGGCGCAUCGACAUGAUCCCCAACGGGGAUAAGGAUUCCAUCUGUGAGUGGCUGACCGACAUGGAAAUUACCUACACGGAGGGUCCGAUGAACCUGAACUGGAAGCAGAUUAUGAACACAGUCAAGGAAGAUGAUCGCUUCUACGAGAACACUGAGGAAGACGAGGUGACAGAGAAGGAAGCUGGGUGGGAGUUCUUACGCCUCUACGGCAGAGAGGACAACGAUGAUGAUGACGACGACGAUGAUGAAGAUCCCGACUUUGGAGAAGCGCAAGGUGCCGAGGACGAGGACGAUGAAGAAGUCGACUCGGAGGAAGAGAUUGAGGAGGACGACUACGAUUCAGAUGAAGAAUCCGACUUUGAUGCAGAUGAAGAGCUGGAAGAGCAGGGAAUGGACUGGGAUGAAAUGGAAGCGGAAGCAGCCGCAGACGACCGUCGUAAACGAAUUACCGGAGAUGAAGGUGGUGGGGACCGGCGUGAUAGUCGCAGGGGAGGGGGGAGAGCACCUUCAAGAGGCUCUCGCCCUGGCGGCGGUCGCCCUGGUGGCUCUCGUCCAGGAGGCGGUCGUCCUAACCAUCGAGGAGGUCGCCCUCAAAGCCGCGGCCCGCCUCAGAAACGACGACGCCGGUAGACUAAUGAGAUAUAAUUCCUGCUGUUGUCCUCUGCCUUCUUCCUACAUGUAGUCCUGUGUUGUAUAGUGUGAGUCCUGUGUUGUCUAGUGUGGCCUAUAUAUAGUCAGCCAGCCAGCUACAUUGAUUUGACUUGAGAAGCAAUUGCAGGAUCAAACCACACGAGUACAAACACGAGGGGUCAGGGUCACCCCCGGGAUCAACUUGAAUCUGUCCCUGUUGGUCGGGAGAGGCAUCGGCGAUGCGGUUCUUGAGUGAAGCAAGAUCUUGUGGAAGCCAACCACCUCGAAAUUUGCCGACCCCAAGAGCUGGAGCCUUCGCUAUUUAAUUGUUCUCUUGGCAGCCUAGUAGACAGUACAGUGUACCAUCUGCUACCAUCCACUGCUGCUUCUGCUCGGUGUCAACAGGAUGGGUAUAACUGUGGAGGGGCAAAGGAGCAACAAGCCUAAUGGAUUGGUAUCAAUCUUUUCAAAAUAUUCAUUGAAAACUAUGGAGGGAAUAGAAGACCCUCACUAGCUUGUUGGAGAUACGUCAGCUGUGCAUGCGUGCUGGAACUGUAGGCCACACGGUGUACUACCGAUAGCUACCAGGUACUAACUAAGAUGAUUAUUGGUACGACUACGGAAGUGCGAUUUGACAUGGCAAGGGACACUACGAAUGCACUCGGCCAGCUUCCAUCUGACGAGCCGCAUAAAUUACUCAAUUACUCAUCAUGCGUAGCUAGCAAGCAUGCCUAUAAGGUUACGACCAUGAAAAAGCUGGUUCUUGAGCCGGCCCAUUUAGAUUUCCAUCCAUCUGUAGAUUGGUUUGACCUCUUCUUGGAAAGCACACAAUAUUGAAUUAGUCAAAAAUGUCGGUUCCUUCGGCGCAAAAGGCAUCCUUGGCUCCCAAAAACCCGGACAAUGGAUUGGGGUUGGUCUUGUAACUGACAUACUUGUCCAAUGCAUCAAUCUCCGCCAUUUCCUCGGGAGUCAACGAAAAAUCCAUGACAUUAAUAUUCUCCGCCAUACGGUGAGCCUUGACACUCUUGGGCAAGACAACAAUUCCACGUUGCAAAAGCCAUCGUAACAAAACUUGCGCAGGGCUUUUACUGUGUGCCGUGGAAAUCUUGCCAAUGACUUCAUCCUCUAGCGGAUUGGAUGUUUUCCACGUUUCCUUGUUGGUGGCGCCACCACCCAAGGGAGUGUGGGCCGUAACGCAAAUGUUGCGGCUGAGGCAAUAAUUGACCAGAGAUUCGCGCUUGUAAUAGGCAUGCACUUCAAUUUGAUUGCAGGCUGGUUGAAUGCGAGCCUGGGUGGUCAAAUCAUGCAUCAAGAGCAUGGGAUAAUUGGAGACUCCAAUGGAACGACACUUGCCAGCAUCCACCAAUUUUUCCAUGGCACGCCAGGUAUCAAUCAAGGGCGUAUCACCGAGUUCAGAAGCACCCCAAUUGGGAGUGGCCAGUCCAGUGUGUUUCCAACAGAGUGGGAAAUGGAUGAGGUACAAGUCAAAGUAGUCCAAUUGCAAGUUUUUCAAGGAAUGAUCGCAGGCUUGAGGGACAAUCUCGACAUCAUGAUCACUGUUCCAAAGUUUUCCAGUAAUGAACAAGUCUUCACGCUUGACGAGUCCAUCCUUGAAGGCCGUCUGCAAGGCUUCUCCAAUUUCUUUUUCGUUGCCAUAAACGUGGGCCAAAUCCAAGUGACGGUAUCCGGCUUUGAUUGCUUCAAUAACCGCCGGUCCAACUUCGCCAGGAGCACUGCGAAAAGUGCCGUAGGCGACGACGGGCAUUUCAUGGCCACUGCUCAAUUUGUAGCUUGGAACUGUCUUGGACGACAAGUCAAACGAGGGGCCCGGCUUGGUGUAGGACAUUGUCAAAGCAAAGGUUUUACCUGAAAAGAGGAAAAGCAGAAGGAGUUUCUUCAGAAUGUUAGCUUUCGUUUUUAUGGGUAGCAUUGCUUUGUGCUGGUACGGCAUCAGUAUUCUCACUUGGAACUUCCUGUGAUUGAUUGAUUGAGUUGUGAUGACAACUCCUUGUCCGUGCGCUGUGCACUACCGGUACCAGUAUCAGCUACUCCGAUGAUGCGAACAAGGUGACAUCCGAAGCCUGUAUGAGAGAUCCAGGCAAAAUAAGAUCCAAACGGUG